ACACUGCCCGAUCGAACGCGAGCAUCCGUUUGCAUUACCUAUUUCCAACAAAAACUCUUAUUAGAAUUUUUGACAAUGUUUAUCAAGGCCUAGCCCCUUGUUUUGCAUAAAUAAAAAAUUAAAAAAAAAAAAAAGUUAUUUUUUAAAAUUUGACUCAAUGUGUACAGUAGUGUCGGCCUUUUCAUUACCUGUUCUCGCUAGACCAGCGCCGUCGUGGGUGACCAAAUUUCGCUCUCUUCCUCGGUUUUUCCACCGUACAGCAGCACCACUCAUGGCGGCGCAUAAAAAUUCCGGCGAACCUGUUCAGUUCAGCCCCUCCGUUGACAAAUUGCAAGAAUUCCUUCACUCCAACCCAUCAGAUGGGUGGGAAAGAUGUUGGGAGGAAAGAGUAACACCAUGGGAUUUAGGGAAACCAACACCAGUUCUUCAACACCUUCUUCAAACAGAAUCUCUUCCUAAGGGAAGAGCUCUUGUCCCUGGAUGUGGUAGUGGUUAUGAUGUGAUAACACUUGCAUCUCCUGAGCGUUACGUUAUUGGAUUGGACAUAUCAGAGGUUGCCGUAGAGAAAGCAAGAGAGCUGGCUUCGUCAUCCCCAAAUGCAAACUAUAUUUCCUUUUUGCAAGCAGAUUUUUUCAAUUGGGAGCCUACUGAGUUGUUUGACCUCAUAUUUGAUUACACAUUCUUUUGUGCUAUUGUUCCAAAUAUGCGGCCAGCUUGGGCAACCCGUAUGGGAGAUCUCUUAAAACCAGAUGGAGAGCUUAUAACCUUAAUGUUUCCGAUUGAUGACCAUGAAGGUGGACCUCCAUAUAAAACAUCUGUCACCGACUAUGAAGAGGUUUUGCAUCCCCUAGGAUUUCAAGCCAUGUCUAUUGUCGAAAAUGAGCUAGCAGUGGACCCUCGUAAGGGAAGAGAGAAGCUUGGGAGGUGGCGAAGGACGAAGACAGCGUCAUCGCUUUGAAAAUGCCCUAAGACUUUGCAAACUUUACAAUGGUGCCCCUUCUUUCAAAAAAAAAUACAAAGGUGCCCCUGCUGCUAUCAUUCUAUUCAUUCCUAUUGAAAAUUUUAAUUUGGAUGUCUAUAAAGGUAAUGAGGAAGUGCUUUCAUGUACAUGUCUAACCAAAGCUGAAGCCUGAAAGCACUCCACCAUAAUAUCCGGAGAAUAUUGGCCAUAUAUUUACGCAAUUGAAGAUCAACAAUGGUGCAUUAUGUUUAAGAAAAAAUGAAUAAAAAUAGGAAUUUUUAAUACGACCUUGUGUUCCAGAACACUUUAAAGGUCGGUUAAAAACUAUAUUACUGUAUACCUCAGGUAUAUAUAUUAAAAACGUCACCAUUUUUCUCUAUCAAUCUAUCAUUGAACGAGUAA